AUGAACGCCCCAGACAGACACGAACUGUUCCUGCUGGAAGACGGCGAGAAGAAAGUGGAGGAAGACCCCGAGACUCGCGUCCCCAACGCAGCCAUGUUCACCUUCAACAAAGAAGACCACACCCUUGGCAAUCUGCUCCGCGCAAAGCUCGUCAAGUCGGAACACGUCCUCUUCGCCGGCUACCAAGUCCCUCAUCCCCUCUUCGCCACCUUCAAGUUGCGCGUGCAGACAGACGGCGAAGUCACGCCAAAGGAAGCGGUGGUAAAGGCGUGCCAGGAUUUGGUCAAGGAGUUGCAGAUGCUAGAUCAGGAGUUCACCAAGGAGUGGGAGUUGAAGAAGAUUGCCGGGGCUGGCGCUGACAUUUGA